ACUAUUAUUCAGUAGUCUGAGAGCACCGUCAUGUGAUGCUUCAGACCAUUUCGGAACCACAUUUUUUGAUAUUUAUGUGGGGGUCGUUGUAGACCCCACGAGAACGUGUGGUUCGGAGCACCACGUGGCGACGCUCUUGGACUACGGAAUAAUUUCGCCGCAUGUACGUACUGUAUGAUGUAUGUACGAACGUGGAAAACUAUAUAAGAAAAGGAAGGGUCCCCCUCAAUUACUGGCCUUCUCCAGUACUGACGGAAGAUGGAGGGCAAGAAAGCUGCCGAUGUGUUCUCCUGGUUGCCCUUCGAAUGCACCGGUGAUUCGGAGGACAUCUUUGAGCUCAAUGUGGCUUCCGAGGAUGCGAAAACGGAUGUCGAAGGAGAUGACGAUGCACACUCCUGUUGCUGCGACUUCAUGGUGUUUGAUGAUCUAGGAGAUGCCCAUGAUGAAUUUUAUCAUGUUGAUGAUGCCAAUGAUGAUGACGAUUACUACUAUGACGACAAUGGGGAGGAGGAGGAGGUGAGCAGCUGGGGAAAAGCUAGGCAACGCAAGAAACCAAGGCUCAGUGUGGAUUCAAUUUCAACAACAAUUGUGUUGAUGAAUGAUGAGAUGGAAAAGAGCAGGCUUUUCUGGGAGGCUUGCUUGGCAUCUUGAGUCGCGUCUUAUCGUUCCAUUCCUGUUUUUCACUUUUUUUUCUGUUUUUCGAAGUGCUUUGAGAUCAGGAAGUGUGAAUAAAUUCCACUUUUUGGUCAAUCCAUUCCAGCUUCUUUAUCGCGAGUUUCAUCGAUUUAGACGAGCUACGAGUCGAAUGGAAAAAGCAAGUUUGCAGUUCUGUUCUGUU